UUACAUAUAAAUACUAGACUUGUGUUUGUCCAACAACUGGGACCCAUAAAAAAAUAGCCUAGCCAAAUUGACCAUAAAUUUAUCAUCACAACUCUCCUAACCCACUGGUACAUGAUGCAUAGCAGACCAUUCAUAAUACAAUGUAUUCUAUAGACUCCGUUAUCUCUUUUCAGGCUCCUGAGGAGCAGCAGGGAAAUAGGACCUGGCUUGUGACAGAGUUUGUUCUGGUAGGAUUCUCCAACCUUCCAGACUUGAGGACCAUACUCUUCACCUUGUUCUUCGUCACAUACAUCAUCACCCUCAGUGGCAAUGCCACCAUCAUCACCAUCAUUCAUGUGGACCGAACCCUCCACACUCUCAUGUACCGCUUCCUGGCAGUGCUGUCCCUCUCCGAGACCUGCUACACACUGGUGACCAUCCCCAAUAUGCUGGCCCAUCUGCUGAUGGAGAGCCAGGCUAUCUCCAUUGCUGGCUGUCAGGCUCAGAUGUUCUUCUUCCUGGGCUUGGGUUGCAGUCACUGCUUCCUCCUUACCCUGAUGGGCUAUGACCGGUACGUAGCCAUCUGCCACCCCCUCCGCUACUCAACGAUCAUGAGACCCACCAUUUCCUUCUGUCUGGGAGCCCUUGUGUUUUGCUCUGGGUUCUCUGUGGCCUUGAUAGAGACCACCAUGAUCUUCUCCUCGCCUUUCUGCCAUAGCAACCGUGUGGAGCAUUUCUUCUGUGACAUUGCCCCUGUCCUGAAGCUCAGCUGCACAGAGAGUGCCAGCAAAGCAUUAGUCAUCUUCUUCCUGAGCAUCCUUGUCGUGCUGGUCUCCUUUCUCCUCAUCCUCUUCUCCUAUGCCUUCAUUGUGGCCACCAUAUUGAGGAUCCCCUCAGCAGCUGGCCGGCACAAGGCCUUCUCUACCUGCACAGCGCACCUCACUGUGGUCAUUGUGCAUUUUGGCUGUGCCGCCAUCAUCUACCUGCGGCCUGAGUCAGGGGGAAACCAUGACCAAGACCGCCUGGUGGCUGUUUUCUAUACGGUGGUGACUCCCUUGAUGAAUCCUGUGGUAUACACGCUGCGGAAUAAGGAGGUGAGGGUGGCUCUGAGGCGGAAUCUGGCACGUAGCUGUGGGUCUCAGAGUUUUUAAAUAAGGACUUGUUCCACAUUCUCCAUUAGCUUUUUAUUAACACAUGUAACUCUCCAAAGAUUCUGCUUCCUCAUCUGGGAAGUGGGAGCCACUAAAACCAGUUGCCAUUGAGUCAACUACAAUCAUUAUGACACCAUGCAUGUCAGAGUGGAACUGUACUCUAUAGGAUUUUCAAUGGCUGAUUUUUCUGUAGAUUUCCAGGCUUUUUUUCUGAGGUACCUCUGGGCAGAUUUGAACCUUCAACCUUUCAGUUAGCAGCUGAACACAUCAAUCAUUUGCACCACCCAGGGACUCCAGAGGCCACUACCAUACCUUAAAUGAAAUAACCGUGUGAGGCAACUAACAAACAGUGCCUGAGACAUGGUAUAAGCUUAAUAAAAGCUGCUUUUUCCCUUUGUCUUAACUUCUUGCCUUGGUCAGGAUCCAGUGUGAUCUGCUGUGUAUGAUGAAAACCAGUGGAGGAAGCCUCUGACAGCCCAGCAUUCUCUGUGCAGUGAAGGAGUCAGCAGUGAAGGGCAUGAUGUCCAGCAUUCCUUUAUUUUGUCUCACUGAGAUGUAGUUCACUUUUGUUUAAUUAAAUUCUGUUGAUAGAUUGAAAUCGUGCAAAGAAUUUUCUCCAGCCAUGAUGGAAUGAAAUAAGAAGUCAAAAAUAAAAAGAAUAGUGGAAACUUCACAAA